AUGCUUGCUGCUCGCUCUACUGCUCUCCGAACGGCCCGACGAGCCUUCUCGACGACGCCCAUCGCUCGCAAGCACAUCCUCAACGCGACACCGGAGGACUUCGAGACCCAUGCGAUCAAGGGAAACCGGACAACGGUAGUCGACUUCUACGCCGACUGGUGCGGACCUUGUCGAUUCCUGGGACCGGUGCUCGAGAAGGUUGUCGACGAGGCUUCGGAUGCUGACUUGCUGAAGGUGGACACGGACGAGCACAUCGAGCUCGCGCAGAAGUACAAAAUCACCGCUUUGCCAACUGUCCUCGCCUUCCGGAACGGCCAGGUAGUGGGCAAGAUGGUCGGGGCGACGAACGAAGCGGGCGUCAAGCAGUUCCUCGAGAACGCGAAGAGCGCAUGA